AUGAAAAAAAAGGCGCCGGAGCUGUUUGGUGGCGCCGAUGUGGCGCCUAUUGCAGGCGCUGCCCAAUUCGGCGCCGGCGCCAAUGUGGCGCCGACUGACGGCGCCGGCGCUUAUGUGGCGCCGACUGACAGCGCCGGCGCUUAUGUGGCGCCGACUGACGGCGCCGGCGUUUAUGUGGCGCCGACUGACGGCGCCGGCGCUUAUGUGGCGCCGACUGACGGCGCCGGCGCUUAUGUGGCGCCGACUGACGGCGCCGGCGCUUAUGUGGCGCCGACUGACGGCGCCGGCGCUUAUGUGGCGCCGACCGACGGCGCGGCGCCGAUGUGGCGCCUUUUUUUCAUGAGUACCUCUGACCUUCACUCAUGA